AUGCUCAAACGCCAUUAUACUCGGGUUGUCUCAAGCACACAAAGGUUUCAGCUAUCAUGGGACUUUACAGAUUCAAGGUUAAAAGUGGUGUGUCGGAGAACUACUUUGAUCAAGAAAUUUCUGAAGAUCUUUGGGUUCGGCUACGACAAUAUCCAUGCUUGCAAGAAUGAUUGCAUACUGUAUAGAAAGGAGUACGAGAACCUACAAAGCUGUCCAAGAUGCAAAGUUUCAAGAUGGGAAAUGGAUAAGCACAGUAAUGAGAUAAAGGUGGGGAUUCCGGCAAAGGUCCUAAGAUAUUUUCCAAUCAAGGACAGGUUUAGGAGGAUGUUUAGAUCAAAGAGGAUGGCUGAAGAUCUGCGUUGGCACUAUACCAAUGCCACUGAAGAUGGUACAAUACGGCACCCCGUUGAUUCUAUCUCUUGGGCACAAGUGAAUGCUAAAUGGCCAGACUUUGCUGCUGAUCCACGGAAUCUUCGACUUGGGAUUUCCACAGAUGGGAUGAACCCUUUCUCCAUGCAAAGCACCAAUCACAGCACAUGGCCAGUGUUGUUAGUGAACUGUAACACGCCUCCAACCAUGUGUAUGAAGGCUGAGAAUAUAAUGUUGACUUUGUUGAUCCCUGGUCCUACUGCUCCUGGUAAUAACAUAGAUGUUUACCUAGCACCACUGAUAGACGAUCUAAAAGAUUUGUGGGCUGAGGGUAUUGAAGUGUAUGACUCAUUUGCGAAGGAGAAUUUUAAUCUCAGAGCCUUGCUACUUUGGAGUAUCAGUGACUAUCCAGCCUUAGGAACACUGUCUGGAUGUAAAGUAAAGGGGAAACAAGCCUGCAAUGUAUGCGGAAAGGAUACACCUGCAAGGUGGCUUAAGUUUAGCCGCAAGUUUGUCUACAUGGGUAACAGAAGGAGACUACCGCCUGGCCAUCGUUACAGAUAUAAAAAAGCUUGGUUUGACAACACUGUGGAGGAAAGAAGGAAAAAAAAAAGGAAAAGACUAGAGUUGGAAGAUGAUGAGAGGGUAGUGGAAGAAGAGUGUGAUGAAUCAAAUGAACUAUGGCGGUGGAAGAAGAGAUCAAUAUUCUUUGAUCUACCUUACUGGAAGGAGUUACCUGUUCGUCACAAUAUUGAUGUUAUGCACGUAGAAAAGAAUGUGUCUGAUGCUAUAUUGUCUCUGUUGAUGCAAAGUGCGAAGUCAAAAGAUGGGUUGAAAGCAAGAAAAGACUUAGAAGAUAUUGGAAUCAGAAAGCACUUGCACACAGAGGUGAGGGGAAAGAAAACAUACUUACCUCCUGCUGCCUACUGGUUAUCGAAGAAAGAGAAGACCAUUUUUUGCCAAAGGUUAGCUAAGUUUAGAGGUCCUGAUGGUUAUUGUGGUAAUAUUGCGAAUUGUGUUUCAGUUAACCCUCCAAAUAUUGGUAGUUUAAAGUCGCAUGAUCAUCAUGUCCUAGUACAGAACUUGUUACCAGCUGCAUUAAGAGGGUUGUUACAUAGGGGUCCUAGGAUAGCCAUAAAUAGAUUAUGCAGUUACUUCAAUAGGUUGUGUCAGCGCAUCAUUGACCCAGAGAAACUUAUAUCCAUGGAAACAGAGUUUGUGGAAACAAUGUGUCAGCUGGAGCGCUUCUUCCCUCCAGCCCUUUUUGAUAUCAUGUUUCACCUACCAAUACAUCUAUCAAAAGAGGCACGCUUGGGAGGACCAGUUCACUUCCGCUGGAUGUAUCCCUUUGAAAGGUACAUGAAAACACUAAAGGCUUUUGUGAAGAAUUAUGCAAGGCCAGAAGCAUGUAUGGCUGAGGCGUAUUUGGCUGGAGAAUGCGUUGCAUUCUGUUUAGAGUUCCUUAAAGAUUCAGUACCAGUUCAAGAAGCAGUUAAUCGUAAUGAAGAUGUCGAGACUGACACAAUGGUGGUUGAAGGCCGACCUCUGCAGAAGGGUAUAGAGGUUACCCUUUCAGAUAAAGAUAGAGACAUUGCACAUCGCUAUGUGCUAAUGAACAUGGCAUCUUUGGAUCCAUUUCUUGAGAUGCAUUUGGAAGAGUUGCAAGCAAAGGAUGCUCGAUUGGCUAGAAAUGAAACUUUGUUAUGGAAAUACCAUACUGACCACUUUGCAGAAUGGCUUAAAAAUAAGAUUCAUUCAGACUCAACAGAUAGUCAUUCUAAGGAGAUAAGGUGGUUGGCAUUUGGGCCAAGAAAUGUUGCUUUAGCACAUAAAGGAUUCAUCAUCAAUGGCCAACGGUUUCAUACUGAUGCGGUCAAGCUGAAGACACAAAACAGUGGAAUGCAACUAGGCAAAAACAGUGAAUGGUGUGAAGGAAGAAGAUGGCUUCACUCUUGUUACCUUCAUAUGAACCAAGCAGCCUAUUUGAAAGAUCCAUUCAUUCUACCUUCUCAAGCAAAACAGGUUUUCUACUCUAGGGAGGAUGAUGCUUCAAAUUGGUAUGUUGUUAUGAGAGCACCACCUAGAGGUUAUCAUGAGUUGGAAACAGAAGAGGAUUUAGGUGGUGCUCCUUUACCUAUCCAAGAAGUUGAUGAUAUGGGUGAUGAAGCUUCAGAUGAUGAUAGUGUUUAUGUUAGGGAUGAUUGUGAAGGUUUAUUAGUGGUAGAUUAA